AUGAUAAAAAUACUUUCUAAUGAAGACACCGCUGCUAUUCAGACAGAGCAAAUACUUCCAGAUAUAUACACACUAGUAAACGAGCUAAUACGCAAUAGUAUAGAUAGCAGCUCCACAGCGAUAGUUGUUACAAUAUGCGCAACAAAUAAAAACAUAGUAUACGCAGUGGAGGACAAUGGGGCAGGAAUAGAAGUGAAUGAGCACUUUCUAAUGAAAGGCGGAACCUCCAAGUACAAAGAGCCCAACAAGUAUGGGUACAAAGGCAUGGUGCUGUAUUCGCUCAAAACAGUGAGCGAUUUUACAAUAAACACGAAAAACAACGGAAAAAGCACAAUGAUAAGCGCGAAAAAUCAAACAGUUUGUGUAUUGGAGGGAUAUAAGGACACAGAAGGCACUAGCAUUAGCAUAUCCAACUACUACGCACUAAAGCCUAUUAGGCACAAUUAUUUGCUUAGCAAUUUGAAUAAAAAUAUGCAGCAGAUUGUGGAGAUGCUGAGAAAGUACAACACAGUGCAUAAUGUGCAUUUCAAGCUAUAUAAGAACCAGAACAUAUUGUAUAACACUCCAUACAAUCUGCUAAACCAAAAAAUGAGCAUUACAGAAAAGCUCAUUCAGAUAUACAAUGUGCAGCGGUGUAGAGUUAUAGUUUUUACAGGACGCCAUUCCACUGUAGAGUACAUUGUAGAGAUGGAGUGUAUCCAGGAAAUGAAGAAAAAUAAAAGAGAAAGAAAAACAGUGGGGGUCAUUCACAACAAAGUGCGGCUGUUUGAGAACAAAAGAAUAGAGAAGGCAUUGCACGAUAGUGUAAAUAUAAAUGGCAGGGUCUAUUAUAAUAUAGAAAUAAAUGAAGAGAAGGAAAUAUCAGUGUUAUCUGAAAUUGGCAGAAUUAGUAAGUAUAACAUACAGAGCAUAAUAGAAAACAGUGGAAGCACUGAAAAGAUUAUGAUCAACCUUAAUGAAGAGGAGGUCAACCAAAACGCAGGCAGUAAUAAUGAAGUCACAAAGACAUUGGGCAUGGAGAAUGAAAAGCCUAAUAAAAUCGGGAUUAGGAACGACAUCAUGCAGGCUGGUGUGUCUAAGAGCAGUAAAGUCGAGAAUUUAGAAGAUGGUGCUGGAGAAGAAAGUGAGCGAAACAUAUGCGAUCAUAAUAAUAGAAACUUUGAGGAGGUGUAUAGCAUGUGCCCUGGAAAGACAAAAAAAGAUGAAAGUGUGCAGGCGGUUGUUAUAGAUAAGAAUGAAUGUUUAGUGAGUCAUAAAUAUGAGGAUGGUAUUGGGCUAAGCAUACAAGAGAUAUCCAUGCUAAAGAUAGUUGGGCAGUUUAAUAACGGUUUUAUACUGUGCACACUUGUGAAGGAAAGUAAUAUACACAUGUACAUAAUAGACCAGCAUGCAGCUGACGAGGCAGUGAAUUACGAGCAUCUGCGCAGUACUAUUGUGUAUAAGCGACAGAAGCUGAUACACCCAAUAGCAAUAGGCAUAUCUGAGUAUGAUGCGCAUUUAUUAAGAGAAAACACUCGAUGUAUUGAAAAGCAUGGAUUUAUUCUAAACGAAGAAAAAACACAAAUAAUAGAAGCACCAGCAUAUGAAAACACGAUAUUUGGAAGCCAAGAAUUGCUAGAAAUAGUUGAAAGAAUAAAGGAGGGGCGGUUCAAAGAGGAAGAGCCCGUGAUAGUUUUUACUAGCCUAAGAAAGGUGCUAGCAAGUAAAGCAUGCCGAUCAAGCAUCAUGAUAGGAGAUGUUUUAAAUAUGCAGCAAAUGAAUAAAAUAGUAAAAGGGCUUUCAAAAACCACUAGGCCAUGGAACUGCCCGCACGGAAGGCCAACCAUUCUUCUUUUGCAAGGGAAAAAAGUAAAGUUAUAG